UUGCAUCUCAAGCCCCGACUCGGCCCUGUCUCCCGCGCCGCAUCUCCCCUCACAAUCGGUGCCAUUGAUCUGGCAGAAGCCGUCUUGCUCACAAUGUCAUCAAGAUGCGCCUGCGCGCGGUUGACGCGGCUCCCCGUCGCCGCUGGAUCUAGCCUCAACCUCACACGACCAUUCUCGACUACGAGCGCGAACCUCAAAGUGCCCCCCGAAUCCCCAGGCUGGAUUCAGGUCCCAGUGCCGCCUCAAUCUCAAUCCUCCGAACAGAAGCUCCCGGUUGUGAAGGGAACCCUUCCCAUCCCUCGAGACCCCUUCCCGCGCAAGGAGGCCGACCGCAAGGUCCAGCCCGAAUACCUCGAACAAACGGCUCGCAAGCCCACCAACGAAGCCUCGCAGAAGCCCGCAGCGCCCGGCUCCCGCCUCGACCAUCGCCGCCGUAUGGCCGAAAACCGUCGCGAGAACCUCGAAACUGCCUUGAAGGGCCUCUACAAGCGCAAGAAAGAGCGCGUGGAUGCCACCACCGCCGCCUCGAAGCAGCGCCUCUGGCAGCAUCAACAGGCGGCCGUGGCCCCAGAGCGUUCGGACGAUCUUAUUACCCGCAGCUCGGUUCUCUCUUCCUUGGAGACCUCGACCGCCGUCGAGCUGGACCCCGCACGUUACGAGCGCGCUGCGGAGAGCAAGGCCAGGACCGCAGCCCUCGCCAAGCAGAAGAGUGAAGCAAAACAGGACGCGCUCAUGGAAAUGUACAUCAACGCUGCCAACUUCAUCGUCGACGAGCAGGAUUUGAACGAGCAGUUGGACCAGCUGUUUUCCGAGGACUUCUGGAAGCGCCAGGGCAGGUCUAUGGCUCACAUGUCCGACAACGCCUGGGGUGUAUGGGGACAGCCCCCAACGGUGCAGUCCAUGCUGGACGAGAUGUUGCGGAGACAGCAGCGUGCUAUCGACUUCCAGCAGAGCGAGCAGGAGAGGACCGUGACGAGGCAGAAGACGAUUGCCGAGGAGUUGACGGGCGGCAAGAUGGAGUAA